AUGUUGAACAACUUUGGUUUUGGUGAGAAAUGGAUAGGCUGGAUGAGGACUUGUGUUUCUACAACCAAGGUGUCUGUUUUGGUUAAUGGCUCACCCACAGACAAAUUUCAGCCACAGAAGGAGCUUCGGCAGGGUGAUCCCCUUUCACCUUUUUUGUUCAUUAUUGCAGCUGAAGCUCUCAAUCUACUAUUGGUUAGGGCAGUGGGGAUAGGCCUGUUUAGAGGUGCCUCAGUAGGAGGUAAUGAUCUGCGAAUUUCACAUCUUCAAUUUGCAGAUGAUACAAUAGUGUUUUGUGAAGGUGGUAUGGAGGAGGUGCUAAAUAUUGAAAGGUUGUUGAGGUGUUUUAAAGUGAUAUCCGGUAUGCCUCUAGGGGCCAAUCCUAAGUGGAAGAGCACCUGGAGUCCAAUAGUGGAGAAGUUAUCAGUGGGUAAUGGAAAGAGGAUUCAGUUUUGGACAGAUGCUUGGCUUAAUGGUAGAAGUUUGAAGGAGGAUUACCCCAGAUUGUAUAGCCUAUCCACUGAGAAGGAAGAAUCCUUAUUGCAAAUAAGUGCAAAAAAGAGUCUUGGGGUAUGGCAAUUUCAAUUUAGAAGACGUCUGCUGGCUUGGGAGGAUGAGGAAGUGAAGAGGCUGUCCGGAUUUCUGGAAUCAUCUCCUGCACUCAGGGAGGAAAUUGAAGACUCUUGUUCCUGGCUUGCAGAUAAAUCUGGGAAGUUUUCAGUAUCCUCAGUAUGGUGCUGGUGGGCUGCAGUUAAAGAAUCAGGUGUGAGGGUGCCAGCUGGGGUGUGGGAAAGUAUGGCAUCUCCAAAGAUGCAAUUCUUCUGCUGGUUGGCUUGGAGAGGCAGAGUAAAGACUUCGUCAUUCCUACAUAGGAUUGGGGUCUUACCUGCCAAUGCAGUGUCCCAGUGUGUGUUCUGUCAGAGUGAGGAGGAGUCUUUGGAGCAUGUGUUUUUGUUCUGUCCUCUGGUUUGGAAUUGCUGGGCAGCCAUGGUCAGUUGGUGGGAUCAGUCUUAG